AUGCCUCGUCUAGGAAAAUCGACUUACGAUGAGGCCGCAGUCAAAAGACAAACGAGUUGUGAGCUCAAUGCAAUAUCCUUUGUGCGACAACAGUCAAGCAUAAUAACUCCUGAAGUCCAUGCUUUCAAGAUGAGUAACGAUAGCAUUGUGAGAGUACCGUUCAUCUUGAUGGACUGUUUAGAGGGUAAUGUUGGGAUGGAUGUGGGUGGUCCAUUUGAUACGGCAACCGCAUUCUAUACAGCUUGGGCAUCCAGUGUUGAAUUUCGCAUGUCAGAAGAUAGAUUGCGAGCAGCAUCCGGUCCAUAUGCUGCUGAAAUCAUCCCCAGAGUAGUAUUGUUUCCAGCAGCCGUCAGCAAAAUAGCCAGCAAACUUUCCGUCCGUGAUAACGGCCCCUUUCCCCUUUGUCACGGUGAUUUUGGUCGCAAAAACAUUAUUGUUGACGCCAAAUACAGGAUUGUUGGCUGA